UUGUGGUGCUUCAAGCUUUCAUAUCAACCGAUGCGAUCAAUCGACGCGAGAGGCUGUCCGGAAACACUGCUCCUAUGAUGUUGCAAUGAUGACGCUAGACGAUCGUGCACUACGAGAUAUAUAGAUAUCAGCUGCGCUCUAGGGGGUCAUGUCAACUUUUAACCUCAUAGCUAUCGGAAUUCCACGAUAUCCCUAGCGCAUAUCUCACAUCAGAUUGGUCACACUCCUACUUUUAGCUAACCAGAAUACCAAACCACCAACAUGUCCAACAACCACGGAUUUGCCCGUAUCUAUGAGCAGGGCGACCAGGUGAACUAUGGGCGGUCUAAUGUGGCCAACGAGGAGAGGCAUCAUACGAGAAACGCCGAAGGCUAUAGACCAAAGGAUCAGAACAAAGCAAUGAACCAAAUGCUGGAAGAGAACAUCCAGGACGAUGUCGCCGAGAGAUACAAGCACGACCCCACCUAUCGUGCGACCAUGCACGGGAAUGAACCUUCUAAGGGUGCAAAGAUCGACGCCGAGAUCCAGCGCGAGGAAGAGGAGCUAUUGAGAAGAAAACAGGAGAAGACCGAUAGCUUGCCGGGAAAGAAGCAAUAAACCGAGCGAUUGAAAGUUCUUGGAAGGGUGGUGUACACUGAGUAGCAUCGUCGAACAAGAGGACCAUGCUGUGUCCUUAAAAUCCGACCACACAUUAAAUGUCCCGCGGAAUAAUAGAUAACUGUGUGUAUUGGAGAACAAGCUAGUCCGAGGGGUUUCCGUGACGGACAUUGACCAGGUUCCUGUAUGUCGACAUAUGCGUGAAUCCAGC